GAAUGGCACAAAUCAGCCACCAUAGUUUAUCCGACUUAUUUAUCCUCUUGAUUGUUUUCUUUGGAUUAUAAAACACAUUUUAGUGUGCUUUAAUUUUUUGAAAUGUGAAGAUAUCCAAUAAUUUAUAAGUAGCUUAAUAAUAUACGACGGUAUCCUUACACUAUUUCUUUAUACAGUAUUUGAAAUAAAAAAUCAAUGGACUGGUUUUGAUUUUAACAUUCUUUACUUACAAUACAAAUCCGUUAUAGACAUUGUAAUAUGAAACUUGCUACAUUGCAAAUAUGCAUAGCAAUGCCUAUUUCUUUAAUAUUUUAUAACUAAAAAAGAACAGUUGGUAUAAGUCACCGCCGCGAUUUUUAAAUAGACAAUGAACGAAUUACAAAUCAAAUGUAAAAAUAAAUAAAUCUAUUUUUAGGUGUUCAAUACGCACAAUCCUUAAUAGUGCGUAAAUAUUCAGCUUUAACACAGUAGAGAAGCAAACACGUAUAGGUGAUACAUUUUCGGAUAAGAAUGUUUCCAAAAUGGUGUGGUGUGAAAAAAAGAUUCCGUGUUAUGUUUCUUAUAGUAAUAGCAUCAGGAUCUUCGUUUUUUAUUGGUUUAUGGAUGUCUAAUCCAUUGAAGAAAGAAUUAGCUUGGAGCGGAGACACUUCAAACCGCAAGACUUUGUUGUUUAUGUCACAUCAUGCAAACAGCAACCAAGGAAGUAUGCGGACAACAACCAAAAGAUCAUUUGAGGAUAUGACACGGAAUCAAAUGAACGUGAAAAGAAACAAGAUUCAAAAAUACCAAGGCGAUGAAAAUGAUGUAUCAGAAGAACACAUACCGUCAAACAAACCAAAUAAUAAAACGUUAUUAUUUGCAAAAGUAUUUCCAUUGUUUCAGUCAGCAACUCCAGAAGAGUUCCCUACAUCAGACGAUAGAGUCCUUAGAAUUCCUCAUAUUUUACAUCAAAUUUACGUAGAUGAAAUGAUUCCUGAUGUUUAUAUUGAACAUAUCAAAUCAUUUAUUGAAUACAAUCCCACAUGGGAAUAUCGAUUUUGGACGGACGCCUCGGGACGCCAGUUUCUUCAAAAACACAACCCAUACCUUGUGAAAGCAUUUAACACUCUCGGGAAUGGUGUAAAACGUUCAGAUUUGCUCCGUUAUGCCGUAUUGUACGAGUAUGGUGGAUUUUAUGCAGAUUUUGACAUGCAUAAUUUCCGAUCUCUCAAUAGAACAACAAUGAAAUAUGCGUGUAUUUUUCCUGUUGAACCAUUUGAACACAGUUCUUUCUUAUAUCACAGAGAAUUCGUGAUAAACAAUGCCUUCAUGGGUUGCCGCCCGAAACAUCCGUUUAUUAAACUGCUUUUGUUAGGACUGCGUAAUGCAAGUCCGAAGGGAAAUCCAGUCAUGGUAACAGGUCCUAUUUAUGUCACCGAAAAGUUCAUUCAGUACAAUCAUAUAACAAAUGAAUCGGUUAAUAGAAACAAAACGGACUGGAGCAGUAAUUCUCCAUAUUUCUAUAAAGGAGAAAUGAAAGAAAAUGACAAAAAUUCCGUUUACGUACCAAAUUCACAAUAUUUUAUGGAUAAGAUAGAUCCUAUACAUACAACUAAGACUGGAGUUCUUACACGCCUUUGUGGACGAGUACAGACACUAUCAUACCUUCGACAACGGGGUUGUAUGGAAUACAAAAGUAGAAGGAGCGUUCGAAAACACAGGAAAUAUACAUUUACGACUCACCAUUGGUACCAUAUAUGGCACCGGAAUAGAACUUUUGUUGAACAAAUGAAGAAGGUUAAUAUAAAACAUAUAGUUCCGCAAUUUAUACUAUAUCCUGAGGAUUAAUAAUUACAUUUGUGAUUUCCUUGACAUUAGUGAAUUGAUAGAAAUUCAAUUAAAUUUACUUAUUACUCUGAUUCCAUCAUCAUAUGUUUGAUUCCAGGCGCGAAAUUACAAAAUUACGAAAAUUACGAAAUUAAGGAUACCUUGCGAGUUUUUAAUGUUUUCCUUCAGCGCAUUUUUAUUACAUGCCUUAUGUUGUUUAUUUUUUAAUAAUUUAUUUAUACAUCUCUGCGCCAACGAGUAAAUAUUUAUAGAUAAAAAGAUUCAUACUACUGAUCGAUCUGAGUACAUGUUAAUAACACAUUGUA